CAGCAAUCAGGUAAACUAGUAGUCAUACAUAAAAUUAGAAUUGUUGAUUACAUUUAGAGCCACAAUUACAUUCAGUGAUUUUUAAGAUGUAUACAGGAUUACAGAAAUCUUUGCCAAAUUGUUCUAUAAAUAUUUUGAAAUCUGUUAUAAGGAAAUAUGCAGUAGACACAUUACAAGAAACAGAAAAUGUAAUUUAUCCUCCUAUAUUGGAUUUAUCCUAUCGUGCCAGAAUGAGGAGAAAAGAUGAUGUCUGGUAUAAUAAAAUUAAAAAAUUAGAGACUGUAGAGGAAAAGUUAAUUGGUUUAAAUAUGCCACAUUAUUAUGGUUGGAAAUCAUUAUAUUUAGAGGAAGGAGAAGUCCCAUACAAUUCAUUGAAUCAUGCUCAGUAUAUUACGCAUACUCAUGUUUUGAAUGAUAAUAAACUACCUGAAUUUUAUAACUCCCUAAUUACAACUGAAAAAUUGAAUAGUUUGGCACAGAGUAUGAAAAAAUAUAUAGAAGAUAUUAUUAUUUUUGAAUAUUGUCAUAGAUUAAGAGAGCAAUACAUACCAGAUAAAGAGCUACACAAAGAUAAAAUAAUGCAAAAUGCUGUUACAAAUGCAGUUGUUUUUCAAAUCAAUCGAAUGAUGUUAGUUGCUUUGUCUUCAAUAGAACCACAUUUAUUGGAUAUUGAAGUAGAUUUUGAACCCAGAAUAGAAGCGUUUUGGUUUGCAGGUGGCAUAGAACGUUCAGCUAUAGCCAAAAGACAAAUAAGAAGGAUAAAAUAUUUGAAAAAAUAUGCAGAUGAUCCAAUAAACAUACCUAUUCAAUAUCUUGGUUCUCCGAUUUUGCAACUAAGACAUCAAUUUCCUCUACAGGAGGUUAUUUCACCAAUAAAUUGUGUAAAUCAAGAAUUAACUAUUCCCACAUUCAAAUUUGAUCCUAGAGUACUAGGUUAUAGGUUUUCAUAUAGGCAUGCAACUUGUAUACCUGGUUUUUGGCCUGGUGAUGCUGCUGAAUUUGGUUUAUUGUCUUAUCACAGUACAAACAAGUCAUACUUUCAUUCAGCAUAUAAGGAGAAGGAAGCAAUUACUGUGCAAGCUAUUUUUGCAUCUUACAGUUGGUUGUUAUCUCAAGCUGUUUAUCAAGGCUUUACUACAGUUCAGGAUGUAACAUAUCCAUUAGUAACACAAACAGUUUUAACAAAUGGUCAAUAUUGGUCAUUUUGUGUAUAUCAGUUGAAUACCACUUUAUCACAUUCAGAAUAUGCAGACAAUAAUCCUAUGCGUAAUAUGUGUUGGAUAACAGAGCCAAUGCAGUUGUUUGAAAAAGUAGAGGAUGGGAAAGUUCAUGGACUCAAUGAAGAUGUUUUAAAAAUGUUGAUCGCAUUUUAUAUAAAUAAACCUGAACAAAAGAAUGAAUACAUGACACCAUAUUUAGGUGAAUCGGUGAAACAUAUUGCCGAUAUUGCUGAUGUUGGACGAAGAACAUGGUUAGAAUCGACAUUUAAACAUGUUAUGUCUAAUAGGCCAAGACAUGUGAAAAAACCUGAAAUAUAUCAUUGGCAAAAAAUAUAUAUGAUUGAUAAUAAGACUCGUUCUAUGGAUAAGAAACGUGACCCAUGGCAGUUUGGUUGGUCGAGUAUGAAACGAAGAUUAAAUCAGCAUGCACCGCCUUAUGUACCAAAAUGUUUAAGAGAAAAUCCUAAACUGAAAAAAGUAGGCCGUUUGGCGAAGCAAUAUUAUCCAGAUGCGUAAAAUUAUGUAUGUUGAAUAUAAAAUUUGUUAAUAAUAAUAAAUAGAUUGGUUAAGUUUUAA